AUGGCCAUGCAUAAAUCUUUAGCAUCAUCUCUUUCAUCAAAAUGUCUUUCUCUUUCUUUUACCCUAUGGUUUCUUUCAAUCAACAACUACUAUUCUCUGCCAUUAAGCUUGACUAGAAUACUAAACUCCCCAGAGAGUUUCGCUGAAAAGUUGAUACAUGAAUAUUCUCAGCAACUAACGACUUUGUAUAACCUUAAAGCAAGAAAAGUUGCAGUUUUUGGUUUAGCUCCGUUAGGGUGCAUUCCUCGAGUGUUGUAUCUUUAUCCUACAAACGGAUCUACAUGCGUUGAGUUCAUCAAUAACGCGGUACGCUUAUUCAAUACCAAGCUUGUUUCACUCAUCUACAACUUGAACAACAAUUUAUCUGGCGCCAACUUUACCUACAUAAACACAUACAACAUUUUAUCAGGAAACUUUGCGACCACCCUUGGCAUCAGAGUUCCACAAGCUCCAUGCUGUCAAGUAAACCGGAUAACGGGACUGUGUGUUCAAAAAGGAGGUGUAUGCAGCAACAGAGAUGAGUAUACAUAUUUCGACGACUAUCAUCUAACACAGAUUGUGGCUAAUUAUACUACUUCUAGAGCUUACAUUGCUCAGACACAAUCUGAUGCAAUCCCAGUUGACAUUCGAACUCUCAUUCAGCUGCAGUAAAGUGCUUGCAAAUGCAAUAAAUUAAAGUUCUUGUAAUGAAAUAAGACAUGAAUAAAGCCAGUGCUAGCUCUGGUAAUCGAGUUAGCUAGCCUUAUUAUAAUUAA